AUGGCGGAAGGCACGAGAUACCGAUCCUUGGAGGAUCAGCUGAAGAAACAGGAGAGUAAGCUCCAGGAAUUGGCCGAAUCCAUGGCUGCUCUGCAUACGUCGGCGCAGAAUGAGCUACAGCAGAGACUCCAUGAGGAAAUGGAGAAGAGCAACUCGAGACUGGAGUCGGUGGUGGGGAAUCUGGACCAGAAAUUCUGCAAGUUGGAGCAAAAGUUCAACGCGUUAAUGAAAGUGAUGAUGAAGGACAAGGGAGUCCAGGAGAACGAAGGAGGACCUUCCGAACCUCUUCUACCUACACCACCCUCGCAUUUCCGACUGGCGACUCAGGCUGAAAUGGCCGGCCAUCAGCAGGAGUCCAGAGGUAGGAUGUUCACUCCCAAUUUACCUAGAUUAGAUUUGCCGAUGUUUACAGCAGGAAAUCCAAGGGAAUGGCUUAGGAAAUGUCAUAAAUAUUUUUUGAACUACCACAUACCUGCUUGCCAGAAAGUAGAUUUAGUGGAGAUGUUCUUAGAAGGUAAAGCCGAUAAUUGGUUCCAAGGGGUGAAAUUAGCUAAACCUGGGCUAAAUUGGGAAGAGUUUAGCGAGUUGCUAUGUGAGCGUUUCUCUGGCAAGGGAUCGCUUGACAUCGUAGAAGAAUUUAACAAGCUGCAACAAGUGGGGACAGUGGAGGAGUAUGAGGAAAAAUUUGAGGAAUUAAAAACUCUGAUGUUAACCAAGAACCCCAGAUUAGAUGAGUCCUAUUUUGUUUCCAGCUUUAUCAGUGGGUUAAAAGAGGAGAUCAAGCCCAUGGUAAAGAUGUUUAGACCACAGACAUUGACCAAAGCAUUUGAAGUAGCAGAGUUGCAGGAGUAUGCACCGGAGGUGCAAUGUAAGCAGACCAAAAAUUCUGGCAAGAUUGCCAUGGAGCCUAAGUUUGGGAUGUACAAGGGGCAACCUGGUGGACAGAAUCUACCUAAUUCUUAUAGGCUUCCUGCGAUAACUCCUAACACUAGAAGGACUGAAGUUGCACACAAGGAGGUAGGAAGACUUUCAGCAGAAGAGCUACAGUACAGGCGCAAAAACAACCUGUGCUACAGGUGUGGAGAGAAGUUUGGGUUGGGACAUCAGUGCAGGACAAGAGGUCUGAAUUGCGUUAGUGUGGAAGAGGAAGAGGAGACUGAUUUUGAGGAUGCAGUGGGGGAACAGGAUGAGUUUACUGGCAGAGUUGGGGAGACGGCUGAAGUAUCACUGAAUGCCUUGUCUGGUGCCAUUCAGAGGAAGUCCAUCAUGCUAAUUGGCAGUAUAGGUGGCUUACCAAUCAAAAUACUAGUGGACACCGGGAGUUCUGACAGUUUCAUCAACCAUAGAAUUGUUACCUUACUGCAUUUACCUUAUCAAUCUGUGAAUCCUUUUAUUGUGACUUUAGCCAAUGGGGCAGACAUCACCAGUGGGACAGCCUGUCCUAAGGUAGCUUGGAGGAUACAAGACUACCAAUUUCAGUUUGACAUGAAGAUAAUGGAACUAGGAGGUUGGGAUAUCAUCCUGGGGGUUGACUGGAUGUGUCAGUUCAGUCCAAUCACCUUUGACUUCCACACUCUCAGUAUCGCACUCAGUGAUCGAGGGCAAUUACUUCACCUCCAAGGGUUCAUAAAUCAACCUACGAUGGAGCUGGUGAGGGGAAGGGACCUCAGAUCCUUCAUCCAAGAAAGAAAGAAAAGCUGUGCACACCUGCAGGCGAACUCCACCAAAGACCUUCAGAAGGACAUCCCAGAGUUGGUGGAACAGGUUUUACAGCAGUUUCCACAGAUAUUUGCUACUCCAACGGGACUACCUCCAGAAAGGGAGCUGGAUCACCAAAUCCCUCUCAAACCAGGGGCAGAACCAUUUAAACUCAAGCCUUACAGGUAUCCCCACUCCCAUAAAGCAGAGAUUGAGAAGCAGGUUGCAGAAAUGCUUACGAAUGGAAUUGUUAAACACAGUACUAGUCCUUUUGCUUCCCCUGUCUUGUUGGUUAAAAAAAAGAUGGCACUUGGAGACUAUGUAUAG